CACCACCACCACCACCACCACCCACCCUUUCCUCGCCUGUCUGCUGCUACCACUCCCCACCCUCUCCUCCCUCUUUCCAGGGCGCACACGCACACACGCACGCAAUGCAAUCACAAAGACAGGGGCCGCCCCCGCAACUAAAGGGCCCGCCCUCGCAUGUGCACAUGCAGCAGGCCCAGCAACAGCACUACCUGAUCAGCGCGCCCGACGUCAACAUGCACACUCAGGCGACCGGGCGCGGGCAGUUUGAGCGCCGCGGAUCCAACGCUCCGCCCUUCGGGCGGCCGGGCAACAUCGACGUGCCCAUCAUGGCCGAUGCCCCUGGCGAGGAGAGGCCCAGGGCCACUCUUAAUGUUGACGGCCCGGCUUUGUCGCAGAUUGCCUGGAGCAACAAGGGCCGAUUCCUGGCCGGGGCUUUUUCCGCGCCGGUCUUCCUGCCAAAGGAGGCCGCCAUUGCCCGAGUGUGGGACGUGAAACCUGGCAUCUACCGGGACUUGUUGAUCCCGCUGCAGGACGUCCCCGACCGGAGCCAGCUUCUGUCCACGCAAAUCGCCUGGGAGAUGAAGCGCGCCAAUUACCUGGUCAUCCUGGUGCCCUCGUCGCACUUUCUCUACUUUUGGCACUCCAUUGACUUCCGGUCGCGAGACAUCGCCCUGCCCACGGCCACGGUGGAUUUGAGUCGAAUCUUGCCGGCAGGAACGCCACGGCCGGAGCUGCUCCAAUGGUCCUACAAUGGGGACAUGCUGGCGGUCUCGGCUGGGACCAAUGUCUUCCUCUUUGAUGCGCGCGGUGAUUGGUCGGCUCCCUGCGCGGCGCACACCUUCGACGCGCCCAUUCGCGCGCUCUGCUGGUCGCCGGAGUGCGACCGCCUGUAUGUGACCCUGGCCCCGGCUAGCCUGGUGGCUCUGCAGGUCCAGUGCCCCGGGUCGGCGGAGGCCGGCAGCGGCAUGCCCAAGCCCACCUUCCACGGGACCCCCCUCCGAACAAUCGCCGACCACUCGAGCCUCGGCCUCUUGGAUUAUGACUUCUGCACCAAUACCCUCGUCACUGGCGGCGCCUCUUCGGUCCUCACCUUCUGGUGUGCGCAGACGCUCAUGCCUAUUGAGACUCUCUGCCCGGUUGAUGAACCCAUUGUGGCGGCCAAAUUUUGCCGCAUUUCCCGGCUCCGCUCGUGCCUCAUCAUUCAGACUCUCUCGGGGAGGGUGAUUUUCCUCAAGCGCAUGCCGAAUGGCCUUCUCCAGCCGGAUCGGGUGUAUACCGCCUCCACUGUGAUCGACCCCCCGGGUCAGAGCGUGACCCUGCCCAGCGUCCCGGUGUGCAGCUUCUCGGCCAGGGCUCGCCAUGACGAGACCAACUUCUCCUCCCUUGUCAAUGUCUCGUACCUGCUUCCUGGCGAGUCCACCGCUGUGGCUGACAUUGUCAUCCCGCCGGACACCCUGUGAGCGGAAUGUGGGGCUGAUGUGCUCCCCAUGCAGGCCCAUGCCAACACAUAUUCACAAAUGCAUCGCCACCUCACACGCACAUGCGCACCUCCUCCAUGCCCCCCGCACACACAUACACACACAUACACA